GUGCGGACCUGGACCCUCACCGCAAGGACAGCCAGUUCCACUUGUUUGGCGACGAGAUCGUGGGCAGGAAAUGCGACCCACGAGAAGGAUUCCAGAACAAAGUCCAGGAGCUGUUGCGCGCGUAUCCGGCCUACCACAGCGAAGCGCUUCGGCGUCCGAACUUGCAGACAUCGAUCAGCUGCCAGCUCUCGAGCAACCGAAGACAUUUCGCCAGGACCUGCACUGAGCCCGGAGACCGCGAGUUGGAGUUGGAUACAGGCCCACGGCGGCAAAGGUCCGAAUCCAUGUACAUCCGGAAGCCCGCUUUGAUCGAUACCGAGAAAUGGGAUGGCUCCUAUGGAAUGCUGAGCAGAGAUCCGGAUGAUAGCAGGGUUGACAACAAUGCGAAGACGUAUUCCGAUAACACGACGUUGACACCACAGUCGACCUCAUGUUUGGAUAUAGGCGACUGUUGCCCAAUGCCCGUAUCCCGUUGUUCAUCAAUGCGCAGUGCUGCCACUUCCUCCGGCAAUUGGCAGCAACCAGAUUGCACGCUCAUAUUCCUGGACUGGGACGACACGCUAUUUCCAACCACUUGGUUGGAAUCCAAGCAGGCUUUCCAAGCUUGGUGUCGGAGUGGCGCGUGGCGGAGUGAGGCUUCACCGCAUUUGGAUGCAAAAGAUGUGGCUAUGCUCCAGGAUAUGGAGCAGGCAGCUCGGGCGAUUGUUGCGACAGCUUCGGACUUGGGCCACGUUUGUUGUGUGACCUUGGCACAGCCUCCAUGGCAAGAAGUGUCCAUGAAGGCGGGGCGGACUUGGAAGUGCUGGAAAAAAGUUAGCACGAGAUGGAAGUGCAGUGAAAAAGGCAUUGAAGGAAACUACUCUGGAAGGCAAUCGCUGGCGUUACUAGUGCAGGUUGUGGUCCUUGUACAUAUGACUGUUGCUUGGAAGAAGACGAGCUGGUGA